AUGUCUCGCUCCGCGCUCACUCGACAUGCGCUACAAAAGUCUCUCCGUGGACAAAAUGUACAGGAUCAACCACCUGAAGAAACUGAACGUCAUGUAAAGCAGGAUGAGCUAUCUAUCUAUGGCAACCAAACCACGUACAAUUUAAACACAUUAUUACACCAAAACAUAUUACAAUCUGCAUAUUUUCAUGAAUUAUACAAGUUUCGAACGUAUCAUGAAGUAGUGGAUGAGAUUUAUUACCGUGUUGAUCAUGCCGAACCAUGGUCUCCAGGCACAGCACGUAUUCCAUCAAGUUGUUUUUGUUUGCUACAUAAAUUCUUUCUCAUGCGACUUACAGUGAAACAAAUGCAAGGUUUAUUACGACACAAGGAUUCACCAUAUAUUCGAGUGAUUGGCUUCUUGUACCUUCGAUUUACUUGUGAUCCAGAAGAGCUCUGGACAUGGUUUGAACCAUACUUGGAAGACUUGGAAGAAUUCAAUGCAUCGGCAAAUCCGAGCAUAAAAACAACCAUUGGAGAGUGGCUUGUUAAAUUGCUCGAAGAGAACAACUAUUUUGGCACAAUUCUUCCACGUAUUCCGAAAAAGAUCGAGGAUGGGAUCAAAGUUAAGGUAAGUUUGUUGCCGUCGGAGCUCUUGUUAUUCUCUCGUAAGAAAGAGCGCGCAAAAGAAAACUUGGCGAUCGUUGAUUGUCUGCAGGCUGGGACUAAAAUUCGUGCGAUGUACGCUGACGAAGAGAACGAACCUGCGAUGUAUGAUGCAGUAAUUGAUUCGGUGGAAGAAGGCAAUCAAUUCUGGGUCUCGUUCCCGGCUUAUGGAAACACGGAAAAAGUUAGCCUUGGCGAUAUCGAAUUUGAUAAGGGUAAACAACGCCGUGGACGCUCUCUAUCUCGUUCUCGAUCGACCGGGCGGUCUCGUUCGCGUUCGCGAGGCCGUGAUGGAGGUCGUCGUCGAAAUCGAAGCCGGGAUCGUGACAGUCGACACGAUAGUGACCGGCGCCGUGGUAGCCGUCGUGAUUGCUCAAAGAGGUCGCGUGCGCGCCUACGAUCCCGCAGCAAGUCGCGAUCCCCUUCUAGGGACCGUGAUCGUCGUCGCAAUCUUAGCCAUAGUCGCAGUCGCAGCCACUCACGAAGCAAGACAGGCGGCAGCGAUAUUACCGGGGAUUUGCUACAGCAGGUACGAGAGCGAGAACGGCGCAAGGCUGAGGCUGUCGGACGUGAUUAUGCAUCAAGACCAGCUAGCUACAAGGGCUCGCUGUCCCUUAAACUGGAUCGCUGGACGAUAAGGAAGCGUUCACGCAGCCCGGCAAAACGAGGUGAGGUGGUUGUGGUUCAGCCAGGCAUGUCAAAGGGUGACCCUCGUAGCAGUUCGCCGUCUGCAGAGAAAUCACGCGAGACUGAGGAACGUUUGAAAAAGCUUCGCGAAACGUACGGUGAUGCCUCGUCGAAGAUGAAGGAUGAAUAG